CUCUGUGAUCCGGUGUUCAUCAUAUAAUAUUUUACUAAUCAGCGCCAGACGAGGACUGUCAUCGAUGGUUGGACUGUGCGGGCGUUUCAUCGCAUUUUUCAGUUAUUUUGUUGUCCUGUAAGCAGUAUUCGCGCUGUAAUUGACGCGAGAGGACAUUUCGUAAUGAUAUAACACAGAAAGGAAGGAAGGAAGGGGUUUUUCAAACCUCGGUCUACAGAAGCCUGCUGCCGUUUUCCUGGUGGUGGAGUAAGAAUAGUUUCUUGUCUGAAGAAACAAGAAAUCGUUUGACUCAUGAUUUGGGAGCUCGGAACCCCGUCGACUUCAUCUGCUCUGCCCAAGAGCAAGGACUUCUUUUUUAGGGAAGCUCGUCUGCGGCCCGUUUAAUUCAAAAGCAACAAGGAUUAAACAUUCCAGUUUGCAGUGCCUGUUAUGUGUGAGGCAGACUGGGCUACAUUGUGAGAGGAACGGUUGUGGUAAGAAAGAAGGCUAUAAAUAGCUCAUGCAAUUCUCGAAAACUAUCACAAGUGGUGCAUCAGCUUGUGGAGCAGACGGAAUCAGAUAUCUCGCAUGCAAUUUCUCAUCUGAAACUUUAUUUCUUAUUUAUCGUUCGAGCCCAAAUGGACGUGUAACUACAAUAUUGUGGAACUUCUCGGACCAAUUGCUCAUUUUGGCGUAUUCCUCGGUAUGAAAGAAAUGGAUAUCGAUUUCCCAUGGAUUACUCUUAUUUAAUCAUUAAAGUAUCAUCGGAAGGACUGAUAUGGAAACGGGCUGAUAUUCCCAUCUGCGUGGAUUGAAAAUGGAUACAUUUCUGUGCUCUCCGCCUUUGACAAUGAUCAGAUUUGGAAUCGCCCUGACCCGGAUUGUAACAAUGUUCUGAUCCCCCGUACACGCUUGGAUUUACAACAUUACAUUUGUGAGAUCAAGAGCUACUGACGGUUCAUGGAUGCAUUCUGCACUUAUUUUUGAAUACGCCCAUUCCUCUGCCCGAACAUCCCAUUUCUAUUAUCUGGACCUCUUGUGAGGUUAGCGCUGUAUCGCCAGCUUGUUUUGGCUGUGGCGUGGCAGACUUGUAAGGAAACCGAUUCGCCAGCCCUGCUCGGUGUUGAUACCGAUGUAGGAUUUCGACAUGCCCAGCACUGACGACCCUAACGGCGGACGAUUAUGACUACAGCAGCGAAUUGGGUGGCUAACGGGGCAAGCCUUGAAGACUGCCACUCCAACCUCUUCUCUCUGGCGGAGUUGACGGGCAUUAAAUGGCGGUGCUACAGCUUCCGUGGUGGAGGAGAGUAUGGGCCUGUGAUCUCGGCACCGGCCCAAGACGACCCGGUUCUGCGCAGCUUCAUGCGCUGCGUGCAGGCCAACCUGCUGUGUGUGUGGCGCCGCAAAGUCAAGCCUGAUGCCAAGGAGCUGUGGAUCUUCUGGUGGGGUGAAGAGCCCAACCUCUCCGAUGUCAUUCAUCAUGAGCUGGAAGUGGCUGAGGAGGGACUUUGGGAGUGUGGACUGUCCUAUGAGUGCAGGACCCUGCUCUUCAAGGCCAUACACAACCUGUUGGAGAGGUGUUUGAUGGAUAAGGACUUUGUCAGGAUUGGGAAGUGGUUCUUCAAGCCACAUGAACUGGAAGAAAAGCCCUUGGGCACCAGCGAACACCUAUCAUGUUCCUUCUCCUUCUUCCUCCAUGGGGAGAGUAAUGUCUGCACCACUGUGGAGAUUGCCCAGCACCAACCUGCAUACCACAUCACUGAGGACCACAUCCGCCUCGCACAGACUUCCAUCACGCCAGUGCAAGUGAUUCUGAGCCCAUACGGUCUGAGCGGGACACUAACAGGUCAGGCCUACAAGAUGAGUGACCCGGCCGUACGGAAACUGAUGGACGAGUGGAGCUACUUUUACCCCAUGGUACUCCACCAGAAAGAAGGAAGUGGGGAGAAGGACAAGGAAGACGGUGGCCAAGCCUACGAUCCCAACUGUCACGUGGCAGUGGAGGUCAUCGUAGGUGGAGUGAGGAUGACCUACCCAGCUGCCUUCGUGCUGAUUGCCCAGGUGGACCUGCCAGUUGAGCAGCCCCCGCCUGUUCUUGCAGCCCAGGGUUUCGCUAGAGAACCAAACCAUUGCAGUGUUCCCCUCACACCCCCCACCUCCCCAGAGCAGCCCUGCUCGGCGGACAGUGGCUUUGUGGCCUCUGUCUCCAGUGUUCCCACACCAGACAGCAGCAUUGGGGUCACAAACAUUAGCCCAAAGCAUUCUGGGAAGAAGCUAACAUGUCAGGUCGUCCAUCAGGCCUGGAGGGAAUGCUAUCUCAACCAGCCUCAGCACAUAUGGCGUCAGCCCAGUGACAUGAUGCCCAAGAAGGAGAUGCCAAAUGGGGUCACCACAUGGGACUUCAACGAUCUGGGGGCAAGAGCACCCUGCAGCUGCUCCAGGUUAAAGCAACAGAAGCAGAAUCUGAGCACCGCAUCCACUGCCAAUCCCCAGACGAGCACCAACCCCAGUCAGUCGUCUGGCUCCUCCUCUUACCCUCCCUGCCUGCCCAAGCACAAGACCAGCGACAAGACAGAAAAGGCUGACAAACAGUCCAAGAGACCAGCCAUGAUCCCCUUCCACCACCGCCUGUCUGUCACCCAGGAGGCCCAUCUGGAGCAAGACUCACCUGGAGGGCCUCAACUUGGGGGUCUUGGAGCCUUGGAGCCGCCUCUGGAGCCUCUGCCCACCGUGCCCAGCUGCAAGUAUCCCAAGCCCCUAUCCAAUGGCAGGAAAGCCCCCGAGUCCCUUCUCCACUCCCCGGUCUCUCCGCUUCCACCCACACUCAGCCCACAUCCCCGCGUGCAGGACCCAGAGGUCCUGGACGGCCCUGUGGAUAUGCCUCUCUGUCCGGAUGGGGCUUCAGGGCUGGGGGUGAUUCCCAGCGAGACAGCCCUCUACACAGCCUUGCUGAGGCAGAGGGAGAGCGGGGCAGGCUGGUGGAGAGGCUUCAGGACCCCCAGGACUGAUAAAACCGACUUCAGACCCCCAGAACUCCCCAUUGAUAGAUUAGGGGAAUUGAAGACAGAGACAGCCACAGAGGGAGCAGCAUUAAAAAGACUAUUCACAGAGACGCACAAGCGCUUUAAGAUCUCGGAGGAGAGAGUGAGGGACCACAUCCACACUCUGGGCCUCCUCCAGCAGGCGAGCGUGGAGGUGCUGCGUGAGCCUGGGGAUGACCCAUAUGACUUUAAGGAGGGAGACAUCGAGUACACCUUCUCAACUUCCAAGAGACUCAAGGGCCAAGGGCGAGACCCCAGCAAGAGGGCCAAGGGAGAAGACAUCACCAGCAAUAGUGCACUGCCUGAUGGGAAAGAUGCCAUGUCCAUUUUUAACUCUGCUCCUAAAUCAGACGAGUCAGGUCAGGAUGAAUCAGCUACCAAAGCCAAUCCUUCCCUGACGAGGGAGAGAGACCUGGUGGUCAACAUGUCUGACCUAGACAACAUAUUUGAUGAGGAUGAGGAGGAGCUUGGAACAACUUACCCCAACCAGCACUCCACCAAGUUACCAGUGUCAGCAGGAGAAGAUCGCCCUCCAGGAAAAGAGGGGAGAGUGGCAGUACCUUACCCAUCAACAGUAGCAGACCUCCAGCGCAUGUUCCCCACCCCUCCUUCACUAGAGCAGCAUCCAGCUUUUUCUCCCAUCAUGACCUACCGUGACACCCCGAGCCAUGAACCCCCUGCCCCCAUUGGAGCCCCUGACCACCCCCUGGGACCCCUGACCUCCAGCCAGCUCACUGAAUACAGAAUGGAGAUAGAGGAGGGUGCAGCCAGUCCCAAGCAGGAGGAUAUCAAGCCACAGAUGGGCUGCUCCAUGUUUGCUCCACUGUCCAGCCUACCCAGCCAGAGCCUGCCACCGCUCAAAAUCCCUGAGCAGUGCUACUACCGUCCCUCCUGGGCCCUUCUGCCCAAAAUGGAACAUUUCUCCACAGUCAUGCACUCCCAAAACACCCCGUUCAUCAGGGAUGGAUACACUAACAUCCCAAGUGUCAACACCCUUACAGACCAGGAGUAUGGCCAGAUGAGUGCCACCACUGCCUCUGUGGGCACCACUGCUGGCAUCCUGCCCUCUCCUGCCACCCCUCGCUUCUCUGUGCCAACUCCCCGUACCCCUCGUACACCAAGGGGUAUUAACGCUGCAAGCUCGGGGCAGGGCUCAGUGAAGCAGGAUGGCACUGAGCUGAGCUCACCAGCCUCUACGCCCUCCACUAGCCUGCCUCUUAGCUCAGUGGAGCCUCUAGCCCGGCCAGGACCGUCACUCCCUGAGGCCCACAGCCUGUAUUCUGUCCUCCUCCUCUCUGACUCCGUCCUCAAUGUCUUCAAGGACCGCAACUUUGACAGCUGCUGCAUCUGUGCCUGCAAUAUGAAUGUCAAAGGAGCAGACGUGGGGGUGUAUAUCCCUGACUCCACCUGCGAAGAUCAGUACCGCUGCAUGUGCGGCUUCAGUGCCAUUGUGAACAGACGGUUGGCCCACGGAACAGGCCUCUUCCUGGAGGACGAGCUGGAUAUUUUUGGUCGGGCAUCUGAGGUAGGCAGGGCAGCCGAGAGAAGGCUGGCUCUUUGCCGGCGCGACCCACCCAUGGGAGACCCGAGGGCCAAGCGGCCACAGGAUGCGCCCCCUGCUCCUCCAUCAGUUAUGGUCCUCCUCCAGGAACAGUGCUCCCAGCCCAUCUCUUCCCUGGCCUCACUCCAUCACACUGCAGGUUGUUCCUGCCAUGGCCGCAAGGGGGCGUUGCUCCAGAGCUGGAUGGCAGAUAAACAGUGGGCAGACGAGAGUGAUGCUUGUGUGGAGUGUUACAAUGCCUUGGAACAGGGACUGCAGUAUGUGGAUAACCCUGCAGGAGGGAAAGUAGAUCCGGCUGUUGUGAGGAGCACUGCUCUGCACUCCUGGCCUCACACUAAUGUGCUGGACAUGAGCAUGCUGUCAUCCCAGGAUAUGGUUCGUAUGCUGCUGUCUCUGCAGCCUUUCCUGCAGGAUGCCAUCCAAAAGAAAAGAACAGGGCGGACCUGGGAAAACAUCCAGCAUGUUCAGGGGCCGCUCACCUGGCAGCAGUUCCAUAAAAUGGCUGGAAGAGGCUCAUAUGGUUCGGAGGAGUCACCGGAGCCCUUGCCCAUCCCUACAUUGUUACUGGGUUAUGACCGGGAACGUGACUUCUUGGCAUUGUCACCCUUGGCGUUAUCAUUCUGGGACAAGCUGCUUCUGGAGCCCUAUGGGGGCCAGAGGGAUGUGGCCUAUUUGGUGUUAUGUCCCAACAGCCCCUGUAUGCUGGCUGGGGCCAAGACCUUCUUCCAGGAGCUUAGUGCUGUCUAUGAGACAUGCCGUCUUGGGAAGCACCGUCCUCUAGCCAAGGUGUCUCGAGAUGGCCUUGUGCAUGUCGGGGCUGGAGUGGAGCCAGACAGACUGGAGGAGCAGGAGGCUGACCAGUGGUUCACUGGACCCUGGACAGGACAGCAACACACUGAGAACCUCAGCAAACUCAAACUUUAUGCCUAUACCUGUAGGCAGCAACUAGCUCCCCAGCUGUCAGGCCUGUCUUUGGACAGUAGUCUGCUGUUGCCCCCCAAAGCCCAGCCUCCCCUAACCCCCACAUCUUCAGCCCAGUCUGCCUCUUCUGGGCAGCCGCUAGCUUCUAGCCUCGGGGCACCUGAUGGAGAGCAAGCUCCCGGUGCUCCCAGCUCAGGAAACACUCCCACCCCGACCGGAGCAAACCCAGGCCAGCCAGGGGAGACAACCCAAGGAGGAACCAGCGAGUCCAAAGGACCUCCUAGUACCACACCACCAGCUAGCACACCAGCAGAAAUCCCUGAACCCAAUGCGGAGCAGGCGAGAAUUGGUAUUCCCACGUUGCCCGACUCAGUGGACAGUCAUGCUCAGCCACCAGCUAUUGUUAUUUACAUAGUAGACCCCUUCCUCUGCUCAAGUGGAGCAAGAAAUGGAGAGGGAGAGGAAGAAGAGGGAGAGGAAGUGGAUGCAGGCAGCAUUUGGGUGCUGGGGCUUCUACGCUGCUACACAGAAAUGCUGCAGGCAUUGCCUGAGAGCAUGAGACCUGCACUGGUACUACAGGUGGUGCCAUGUCAGUACCUUCUCCAACCAGCCAGCGGGGAGAGCCAUCUGUACCUGCAGCACCUGCGCUCCUUGGCCUUCUCCUGUUACUCCCAGUGCAGACGACUGCUCCCCCAGCAGACACACAUCAAGUCCCUGACUGGCUUUGGGCCAGUGUCCACUGUCAAUUCUGUGCUUAAAAAUCCUGAGCAUCCCAGCCCACUGCAGCUGUAUUCUCCCCCAUUCAUUUUGGGUCCAACCCGUCCCAAGCAGCCAGAACCAGGGGAGAUAUGGGCAGAGCUGCCUCCCAAGUUCAACGUACUGUUUGUAGGCUACUGUCUGUCCCAUGACCAGCGCUGGAUCCUGGUGUCCUGCACUGACCAGCAGGGGGAGCUCCUGGAGACCUGUGUUAUCAACAUUGAUGUACCUAAUAGAGCACGGCGCCCCAAGGUAUCAGCCAGGAAGAUGGGACUGCAGAAGUUGUGGGAGUGGUGUAUUGGUAUCAUCCAGAUGACAUCAUUACCAUGGAGGAUUGUGAUUGGCCGACUAGGCAGACUGGGACAUGGGGAGCUAAAAGACUGGAGCUCUCUCCUUGGGGAGCACUCGCUCCACUCCAUAGGUCGCCAGCUGAGGGAAGCUUGCCGCAUGUGUGGGAUCUCAGCUGCUGACUCCCCCACAAUCCUCAGUGCCUGCUUGGUGGCCAUGGAGCCACAGGGAUCUUUUGUAGUCAUGCCUGAUGCAGUGACUAUGGGCUCAGUGUUUGGCCGCAGCACCGCUCUGAACUUGCAGACGUCCCAGCUGAACACUCCCCAGGAUGCCUCGUGCACACACAUCUUAGUCUUCCCCACCUCUGCCACCACCCAGCUGGCACCCAGCUCUUAUCCUACUGAGGACAAUGCUGAUGACAUGUUUGAUCUGCCCUUUCCUGAUGAGCUGGAGAAUGACAUUGGCCAUGACAUGAUGCUGAUCACAGGGAACCUCCACCCGUCCCCCAACACCUCUCCCGUGCCCUCCCCCGGCUCCCCCUCUGGCAUGGGAAUGGGAUCACAUUUCCAGCACACCAGGAGCCAGGGAGAGCGCUUGCUGUCCAGGGACAGUCCUCCAGAGGAGCUGAAGCAGCAGCCGCUGGCCCUCGGCUACUACGUCUCUACAGCCCAAGCAAAUGGACUUCCUCACUGGUUCUGGGCCUCCUGCCCACAGGCACAGAGCCAGUGUCCACUUUUCCUCAAGGCCUCUCUCCACCACCACAUCUCCAUAGCCCAGACAGAUGAGCUGGUGUCAGACAAGACCAAGAGAACUCCUCACCCCCUGGACUCAAAGACCACUUCUGAUGUGCUCAGGUUUGUAUUGGAGCAGUAUAACGCCCUCUCCUGGUUGACGUGCACCCCUGCCACCCAAGACCGUCGGUCCUGCCUGCCCGUCCACUUGGCUGUGCUGACACAGAUGUACAACGCCAUCCUGGACAUGCUUUAGCUUUGUGGACUUGAAGGACAACCUUAGGGAACCGGGGGUUUCCCUAAUUUACUGUGUGCCUACGCUUUCUCCGUCUGGGCACCAGAGAGCACCAGAGCUCUUCUGUUGUCGUUUUGGGUAGACGUGGAUUGAUGGCCAAAGACGGGACAGGAGAACCGUCAGACUCUCCAGUGCCCCGGGGGGAAAAUGCUCUGAACUCAAACUUUUGGUUAGCCAGGGGAUCAUGCUCACCCAGUGCAAUUUGUACCUUCAGAACUGAUUCUCUCUGCAACAUUGUGCCAAUCAUGUUGCUUGCUGUGGGAGAAGGAGACGAAGCUAUCCGACAAUGCCCAUUUUACUGACAUAUCACAACAAAGCUAACGUUCUGCUGAUCAGAUUAGCAUUAGCUUCAAGGAUCGUGCCCCACACUGGCGGACUUAUCAACGGCAUUUGAAGCCUUCAUGGAUGACAUUUAAAGGGGAACUUUGUAGGAUUCUCUUAUCUGUGAAAAGAGAGACUGUCCAGGCUCCUUUUCUCCGUAUUGUACAACCAGCAAAAUGACAUGACAACAGCAACACAUUGUAUUGUUACAUCAAUGAUGUUUUUACAUUUUUUUUGUACAGAACUACAUUUCUGAGUUCCUCGGGACUUUGGUCGGUUAAUGAAAUUUUCACUCUUACUCUGAAAGGGGCAAAGGUCCUGAUUUACUCCAAAGGGAGAGCAUUUCAUAAUGGCACUUUUUCCUCACCUUCCAAAGUGACAAUUUUAUUGUUGUAGAUAAUGAACACAAUGGGAAAUAUUUGAGCAGUCGGGACAGGAUUGUUGUUUAUAGUGUAAGACAUACAUUUGCAAAGAAUCGAGACUUAUUUUUGAAUAUUUAAAAUGAGAAAAUAAGAAACAGUAAACAAGGCCUUUUUUUCCCAAUUUACUAUUAAUUUUCUUGGGAUCUGAAAUAAAAAUUGUCAUUUUAAUGAAAUUGUAAAGAUGCCAUAUUUAUACAAAUUAUAUCAUGUCAUAGAAUUUCAUAUAUAUAUAUAUAUGUAUAUAAAAAUAUAUAUUACCUCUUCCAAGCAGCCACUUAAUGGUAACGGUGAUGGGUAUAGCCAUCUCUUUAGAAGUGGACACAGUAUGAACCAUUUAUCAGACAAUGCAUUUUAGUUCAACUUUUUUUUUUCUACAGAUACUGAACAUUUUAGCUUUUUAUUUAAUGAGUUUAAAUUAAUAAACUAAUUGAUGCAGGAGAGAUAUAUUUAUAAAGUGUUCCUCUUCUGCUAAUCAAACUUGAAAUAGGCAAUAGAUGACCAUGGUAUUUGAACAUUGCAAGGUUGUUGUAUAUUUAAGAAUUAUGCUUUAUUUCAUUGGCGCUCCUAAAUGAUGUCAAGCAAACCAUUAGAAAGGCCUGUCGCUUGAGCUCCACCAUGCAGUCUGCGUUUUGUAAGAUUCCUAGCAUGUUUGUAUAUACACUUUCAGCUGUGUUUUUUGGAAUUUCUUAAAGCUGUACAUUUCAUGCUGGUUGGUUUACUUUCAAGUGAUUCAUAUCAAAGUAUUUUUUUGCUGUGAGCUUUUUUUGAUAUACAGUAUACAGUACGAAACUCAUUUAAUUACAGCCAAGAGGUAAAUUGCCAAGUAAAUGUACGCAAAAGUACAGACAAGGGCAAGUUUGCAAAAAUUUGUUACAUCUGCCAUCACUUUGAAUAUCAAACAGAUCUACUUUAGUGGGAGAGAUCUGCGACUUUUACACUCUUUUUUUAGUAAAUUAUUAAAACUCUUGAAAAUGA